AUGCCUCCCCCCAUCCUCGCCCUCGUCCACUACAUACACCCCGCCCUCCUCUCCCUCCCCCUCCCCUUCCUCUUUGCACCCAAGUCUUCGCCCCCGCCAGCUCUCCCUGGUAUCACCCCCGUCACCGUCCAGGUCACCUCCCCCCGGCGGGGUCUUGUCCUCACCGCCCUCGCCCUUCUUGCAGUCACCAGCUUUCUCGACCUCAGCGUCCUCGUAGGAGAUAUCCUUUCCGCUCGGGCUCGAUAUGGUGAAGAGCUUCCGGCCCGGCUGGUAGGGACCGAGCUCUGGGCAGAGGUAGUGUACGGUGUUGGGGAACUGCUGGUAUGGGGCAUUGCUCUCGUAGCGACAGUAUGGAGAGAAAGGUUUGGAAAGGGUUUGCUCGUGCUCGGCGUGCUCGGUGUCGUGGGCGAGAUUGUCAAUCUCGUCUUUUUGGUCAAACGCGAGCUGCAUGCCAGUGGAAGUGAACAUUUGUUCUCCAUCCUUUCUCUGGUCCCUUCAUCUGCUCGACUGCUCCUGUUGCCCCUUCUGCUUUCAGCAGUGGCCACCCCUCGGGUCUCUUUCGAACCCGCCACCGAGCGCACUGGUCUACUCUCAGAAAGCUCCGAGGGCACCCAAUCGCACUCUAGAGAGACGACAGCGGCCAGCGACUAUGGCACAUUCGUGCCCGGGACAGGUGUCGCGACCCCCGCUCCCGGACCUGCCCAGACCGACGAACAGAUUGCCGAACAACAACGUCUUCAGCAGGAAGAACGCAACAAGCAGCGCAAGAUCAAAAUCAACAAGCAGCUUGGAUCCAAGCGUCAACCCAAAAAGAUGCUCUCGCUCAAGGAGGCGUGGCCAAAGUUCAAAAAGAUUCUGCCCAUGCUUUGGCCGUCGACCAGUCCCAAAUUGCAAUUCUAUGUUGGCUUGACUGGUCUCUUUAUCUUGAUUGAGCGAGGUUUGAACCCCUUACUGCCUAUCACUCUUGGUUGGGUCAUUGCCGCCCUUGGAAACUGGUCGUCUCCUGUCGACGUCUGGAAGGCUCUGGGUACCUACCUUUUCAUCCGAUUCAUCGACAGUUAUGGUGUCAUUAGUGCGCUUCAGCAGUACUUCUGGAUCCCUGUUGUGCAAUACACGGACCGUGAAAUGCAGUUGAUGUCCUUCAACCACCUCAUCGACCUGAGUUUGUCUUACCACACCAAGCGAAACACUGGCGAGGUCAUGCGCAUCGUUGACCGAGGAUCAGCUAUCAAUGAAGUCUUCCGGACCUGCCUUUUCUCCGUGAUUCCUACCAUCGCCGAUACCGUCAUCGGUCUUGCCGUCUUCCUGUGGCUCUUUGGCCCCUUGAUCACCUUCAGUAUCAUCGGCGUCAUGGUCCCUUACUGUGUCUUCUCAUUCGUCGCCACCAGAAUCACUCAGAAGACUCGACGAGAGUAUAUCGAUAAUGAUGUGCGACAGAGAGGUAUCGUGUCGGAUGUCUUGACCAACUGGGAGUCUGUCAAGUACUUUACCUCCGAAUCUCGAGAAGCCGCCCGAUUCGAGGAAGCCGUCGACGACCUCCUCAAGGUAGACUACAAAUGGCGUAUGGGCUAUCAAGUCAUCUACGCCACCCAAAGCUUGAUCCUCGUCGUUGCCUUUGCCGUCGGCGCCGUCCUCCUCGCUUUGCGAAUCAUGAACGGUAACGGCAGCUCUGCCUCCUUUGUCGUCUACGUCACCUACUUUUCUCAGUUCACGCGGCCUCUCAACCAGCUGAGCUCUUUGUACAAGGAGAUCAGCUCGGAUAUCACCGACGCCGAAAAGUUGCUGGCUUUGUUGGGGGAGCAGACGGAUAUCAAGGAUAAACCCGAUGCCAGAGAGUUGAUUCUUACCGACGGUGUCAUCGAGUUUGACAAUGUGACCUUUUCCUACGAUGGCAAGAAGGAUGCUGUCAAGAACAUCUCCUUCAAGCUCGAGAAGGGUCAGUCGCUUGCUCUUGUCGGUCAGACCGGUUCGGGCAAAUCGACCAUCCUUCGCCUGUUGUAUCGAUUCUACGACAUUCAAUCCGGCCACAUCUAUAUCGACGGGCAAGAUAUCUCUUCCGUAACUCAGGCGUCUCUUCGAAGGGCCAUCGGCAUCGUCCCCCAGGAUAGUGUCCUGUGGAAUGACUCUAUCGCUGCCAACAUUGCGUACGGAGACCCCAAUGCCACGGACGAAGAAGUGAUUGAAGCUGCCAAAGCUGGCCGGAUCCACGACAAGAUCAUGACCUUUGACGAGCAGUACGACACCUUGGUCGGCGAACGAGGUGUCAGGCUUUCUGGUGGUGAAAAGCAGAGGGUCAGCUUGUCGCGAAUGUUUUUGAAGAACCCUAGGAUCUUGGUUUUGGAUGAGGCUACUAGUGCUUUGGAUACUGAGACUGAGCGUGAAAUUCAAAAGUCGCUCGUCAAGCUCGCCGAGGGUCGAACCAGUCUUUCUAUUGCCCACCGUCUUUCUACCAUCAUCAACUCUGACAAAAUCGUCGUCAUGGGCGAUGGCGAGAUCCUUGAGAUUGGAACAUACAAAGAGUUGAUCGACAAGGACGGCACUUUUGCUACCAUGUGGCGACGACAGAUCUACACCGAGGCCGAGCUGCUCGAAGGCGACGCCAUUGACCAAUUCGCUCACGCUCUUCCUACUGCCGCCGACUUCCGUCACUACCGCGAAACUGGUGAAGCCGUCAAGUCUCCCACCGCUGAAAAGAAGCAAGAAGGCAGUCACGCCGGGAACGGCAAUGUCCCCCAGCUCGAGGCUGCUGUGCCCGCUGCCAAGGAAGAUGUCCCAGAGGUCGACGCCAAGAACGACGCUGAAGGCUUUGAGGUUGAACAGUCUGCUCCUGCCCCUGGCCCUAUUGCUGAGGACCCCAAGGCUCUCUCUUUUGCCGACACUGUCAAAGCCGACGCUGAACCCAAGACUGAAGAGGUCGAGGCCGAAGUGGAACAGGCGUCUAGGGAAUCUGCCUCGGAGGAAACUAAAGAAGAAGUUGCACCCAAGACAGAAGAGGUACCUGAGCCCGAAGUGAAGGCACCCGAGACCUUUGCCGACAAGGCCGCUGCUCCUGUGGCGCCUUCCGGUACCGUUCCCGAGCCUGCUACUCCCAAGGUCGUCCCCUUCCCUUCUGCUUCCUCUCCCCGACCCGUGUCUUUCCCCGGUCCCCCUUCUUCGUCCACACCCGCCAACCACCGAUUGUCCACUUUGUCUGCCUACUCGGCAUCCCCCAUUACCCCUGGUAACGAGCCUCCAUCUCCUACCAAGUCGGAUGCCGUCUCUGGUUUCAGUGACAAGUCUGGGACACCCGGGCCUGGUACCGAAGACAAGCGGAGGAAACGCUUGAGCUCCAUCAAAGGCUUUGUUCGACGGAUCAGUGACCAGGGAGGGUUGACGAGGAGCGCAAGUGGGUUGAAGAGCCCGAGGGUGAGCACGGAUGGUGGUCUUCCCGAGACUGCUGAGAAUGAGGCGGAUGAGAGGACGACGCUGUUGUCGCCUUUGACUGCUGAGGCGCGAACUCCUACCCCCGGGCCUGCGGCCAAGCCCCAGGCGCCGAUCAAGACUCAUGGCGGCGGAAGUUCCAGUAAGGAGAAGAAGAAGAACAAGAGGAGCAGGCAUUAG